UGUCCUGGUGCUAUGUGGACGGCGGUGGUCCUGGCGGUGGGUCUGCUGGUGGCGGGGGUCCAGCCCCUGGAGGUCCCAGCGUACGGGGUCAAGCUCUGUGGCCGAGAGUUCAUCAGGGCCGUCAUCUUCACCUGCGGAGGCUCACGGUGGAGACGAUCCCUCAGGAGCUCAGAUGUUCCAGAGGAGGCGCUGAGCUCCCUGCAGGAGGAGUCCUCCGAGGGCCUGGACCCGGCCCUGGAGACCCUCCUCCACAGGAACACACAGCUGAGCUUCUCCUCCAGAGACCACCAGGAGGGAGCGUUCAGCAGGAGGACGCGCUCCUUCAUCACGGAGGAGAUCCUGGAGGCGCUCCGCAAGGCCGACCGCAAGGGCCGGGACGUGGUGGUGGGCCUGUCCAACGCCUGCUGCAAGUGGGGCUGCAGCAAGACCGAGAUCAGCUCCCUCUGCUGAGACCCAGACACAUAGGAGAAACACUCAUAUAUACUCUCUGGUUCACUUCUCAUACACUUUCAAUCAUUACACUGCAAAAAACAAGAAAUAAAUCACUAGAAUUAAACAAAUACAUGCUGGAAACAAGUCAAAUUAUCUGCCAGUGCAGAAAGUAAACGUUUCUUUGUUAGAAUUUUUUAAAUAAGUUAAAAGUCUCUCUUGGAAAAGAGAUUUUUUAAUCUCAACGAGACU